AUGCAAACAAUCCGUUGCGUAACUCUACGAAAAAAUUCCAAUACUGGUAAAUCGCGAGAUCUUGGUAGACAAUACACAUUACAAAACGAAAAAUUACACGUCAAUGGAAAACGUUUAACGAAUGAUUCACUCUUAAUGAUUUACUACCAUGACUCAACGGUGGCAGUCACGGAAUUGGGUCCAGAGAAACUACUACUUAGUUGUGAAUUAAUCGAAAUAUACAAUGAAAAUGAAGGUAAAACGCUUUUGGAGAAUCUCUCAAAAUAUAAUCGUCCAUUGAUGAUAACAUUUGAAGAAAUGCUUAAACUAAUGUCACAAUGUGAACGAGUAGAUAAAUUGACAUAUGAAGCGAGAAAUCGUGGUAAGUCGGCAGACUCCACGAGCACCGCCAGCACCAACACGGCAUUGAGUUUGGCAACAAACAUAUUUCCAAAAAGUCCAUUUUCUAUAUUAAGUGGCAUAAUACCAGGUACUAAAUGGUGCGGUACGGGUGAUAUUGCGGAAACAUACGCCGAUUUGGGUACUGAAAUGACAAUGGAUCGUUGUUGUCGUCAACAUGAUUUGUGCCCUGUAAAAAUACGCGCUUAUCAAAAAAAAUUCGAUUUAAUGAACGAUUCUAUAUAUACAAAAUCACAUUGCAUUUGCGAUGAUAUGUUAUUUUCCUGUCUCAAAAAAACUAACACAUCGGCAUCACAACUUAUGGGCUCAAUAUAUUUCAAUUUGGUACAAGUACCUUGUUUGAAUGGUGCGAAUAAUAAAUAUUCAUUUCGAGCGGCAAAAGAAGGUUUCUAAAUGAUGAUUUAAAAAUUUAAAUGAUCAUUAAUUGCAAUUCCUGUUGUUAUGAUCUUAAUAAUAUAACUAACAUUCUGUAAAAUGUUUGUUAACUAUUGUAAUUUAGCUUCUUAGUUUGUAUAUUUGUUGUAAAAUAUUGUUGCAUAUGGUAGUACUCUAA